UUUGGCAAAAAGAGGCAGAGCAGAUAAAUACCGGCUAAAGGUAUUGAAGUAGAUAGAGUAAAAAGAAGGAACAAGCCAAAUCAAGUGCUACUUCUUAUCAACACUUUUAAGCACUUACCUUAGGUUAAGUUGUGACAGAUACGCCUUCCCCGCCAUCGAAAGAGAAAUCGACCAUUGGAAUUUUUAAUAUUUGAUUACCCCACCACAUCCCACCACAGCCCACCAUCGAUUUCAUAAACCCACUAAUUCAGUCCAGCUUUCACAUCCAUCCCACCUUCGAACCCUCGAAUCUGCGAACAGAAUUUGGGAAACAAACAUCGCCGCAUUCGCGCAGCUUAUAACCCUCGAUAUUUAGACGGGAACUACCGUCUAAAAUAGCGCAAUCAUGUCUGCAGUUCAAGAAUUGGCCCAGAGGGUCAAGAACGACGAAAAGUGCUACGUUGACACUGACGCAGGCAAGGACGACGAGACUGCCGAUGGCUCUGAGUUCAAGCCGUACAAGUCGCUGGCUUACGCCUAUAUUCAGAACUUCGAGAAGCCUACACCCCAGUACCAGACUCGAGCCUCCGAAACUGGUCCCGUUGGACCUGACGAAGACCCUUCCGUAAGGCUUUUAUGGAAGGAACCCGCCAAGAGCGCCCUCAAGAAAGCCCAGGGAGCCCUCGACGCCCAUAAGAAGAAAGUUCAGAAGCAGCAACAGGCUGCUGCUGCUGAGGCCGAGACCAAGAAGCAGAGGCUACAGAACCUCGAGGCUGCUAAGAAGAUUGUGCUCAAGCAAGACGAGUCGUUACCUAAACCUAUCAGGAUUAAGAUCAGCCGUAAAGACAUCGAACUCGGAGAGGGUGAUAAGAAGGGCACACGAGUCAAGGUCUUUGGAAGAAUCCACCGCCUACGAGUACAAAAGCAGGCAACUUUCAUUACCUUGAUCGACGGAUAUGGACAAUUACAAUGCAUAUUGGCAGCUGGUGACCUUACUAAGACAUACGAUGCUCUAACUUUCGCCCAGGGUACCUCGCUUGCCCUGUAUGGCGAGAUGCGUAAGGUCCCUGCCGGACAGACGGCCCCUGACGACAGAGAGCUGCACGUGGAUUACUAUGAGGUUCUAGGCGCGUCACCAAGCGAUGAGGAUGCCAUCACCAACAAGGUCUCGUCCCAGCAGAACCAAUGGGAUGCCCAGAUGCUUGAUAACCGACACCUGGUUCUCCGAGGCGAGAAUGCCUCUGCGCUCAUGAAGAUACGAGCAGCAGUGGAGGGCGCUUUCACCAAGGUCUAUGAGGAACUACACCUCACUAAGGUCUCGCCCCCUGCCUUGGUGCAAACCCAGGUCGAAGGCGGCGCGACUCUCUUCAGUGCACCCUACUACGAUGAAAUGGCCUAUUUGACCCAGUCGUCUCAACUCUACCUCGAGACCGUUAUCCCGAGUCUUGGGGAUGUUUAUUGCAUCGAGAAAUCAUUCCGUGCUGAGAAGAGUUUGACGCGCCGUCAUCUUUCCGAGUACACCCAUGUCGAGGCUGAAUUAGAUUAUAUCAACUUCAACGAGCUGCUAGAUCACCUUGAAGAAGUCAUCUGUCGGGUCAUCGAUAUUGUCCUUGCCAACCCGGUUAUCGCCGCUCAUCUGAAAGAACUCAACCCCACCUUCCAAAAACCCGCUCGACCCUUCUUGCGCAUGAAGUAUACAGAUGCCAUCGACUGGCUCAACGCGCAAGACCCCCCUAUUCUGAACGAGGAGGGCAACCCCCACGUCUUCGGAGAUGAUAUCGCGGAGGCCGCGGAACGUCGGAUGACAGACAUUAUCAACCGGCCUAUCUUCCUGACACAUUUCCCUGUGGAAAUCAAGGCCUUCUACAUGAAGAAGGACCCCUCAGAUUUACGGGUAACCGAGAGCGUAGACUGUUUGAUGCCGGGUGUCGGUGAGAUCGUCGGUGGUAGUAUGAGGAUGGAAGGGUAUGAGGAGCUGCUUGAGGCAUACAAAAAGCAGGGCAUCGACGCCAAAGACUACUACUGGUACACCGACCAGCGCAAGUACGGUACCUCUCCCCAUGGUGGAUAUGGUCUCGGCCUUGAACGAUUCCUGGCUUGGAUUGCUAACCAGCAUACUGUCCGCACGGCUUGUCUAUACCCCCGCUUUAUGGGACGAUGCAAGCCUUGAGCGGUGAUGACAAGUGUUCCUUCUUAGAUGCUGGGUCUCUGCACGAGGUUUGCCGCUGGGACUUGCGGGAAGCAUGCGACGACAGAUCUGGUGGAUCCGAAGCAGGAUAUGAUUGGACUUGGGGAAAGCGGUCAAGCUUAUGAGGAACUAGACGAUGCUUUCCGAAAUUAGCCAUUCCGUUAUUCCGUGAAUAGACUGUUCCUUCGAAGGACACGUCGGCGACAGCUAAUAUUCGAGUCUUGUUGGCAUUUCUCCGAGCGAGAAGGACAUGUGGUGACCGACUCUCCUAACUAAGCCAUAGAUGAUCAUUUGCUAGCUUUGAAAUCGAGACGAUCUUUUCGUACUCUCAAGUCUCGACGCCGCUCGUAAUAAGCCAUUACAUAACUGGGCGUCUAAAUUGUUCCUUCGUAGUCCUAGCCGAAAAUAGAGUCAGCUGUCCUUGAUACUAUGUAGUCCCGGAUGAGACUUCUCGUUUUUCUAGAGUCUAGGCUGAAAAUUUGGCUACAGUGAGAUAAGUUAUAGUAGUUAAUGUUUCUUAGUACGUGGAUUGAAAUGAGAUGGAUAUGAAUAUUUGAUGGGGUUAUGCGUAUAUUUGUAUUCAGUAUUUUGAUUAUCGGGCUAGGAAGAGUAAAUCAGCAAAUAAAGCGAAUCUCGGCAUACGAGCGAUGUAAA